UGGCUUGUUCCUCGUUUAGCAUCUCAGACGCAGCCAGCAACUGCCUGAGUUUCAGACAGAGACUGUCUGAGCUACAGCCAGAGAAUACCUGAGCUGCAGAGACUGCCUGAGAUACAGACACAGACUGUCUGUGCUAUAGCCAGAGACUGCCUGAGCUACAUCAAGCGACUGCUUGAGCUACAGCCAGCGCCCGUCUCUGAGUGGAGCCACAGGGCAUGGCGAGUGCGGCUCCCAGUGGUAGCGAGGCCCCAGGGGAGUUGACCUGCCCCAUCUGCCUGGACGCCUUCCGCUGCCCCUGCACGCUCAGCUGCGGCAACUCGUUCUGCCUCGAGUGCGUGGAGGGCGCCUGGGAUGCGGCAGAGUCCUUCUCCUGCCCGCAGUGCCGAGUGACCUUCCCUCGGAGGCCCAAGCUGAACAAGAGUGUGACGCUCGCCAACCUGGUGGAGCAGCGUAGUGCCGCAAAGAAAAUGGCCACCGUAGUCUUGUGUGACUUCUGUAACGAUGGCACAACCGCUGCCUCCAAGACCUGCCUCAGGUGUGAUAUGUCCUACUGUCCGACUCAUGUAAAGCCUCAUCAGGAGAACCCGAAGUUCAGGGGCCACAUUCUGGUGGAUCCAGACACGAAUCCUGAGGACCGCAAAUGCAAGACACACAGAAAGAAGAUCAAGUUUUACUGCCGUAAGGACAAGAGCUUGGUCUGCACAACCUGCACCAUCGCAGGAGACCACAAGGGUCACGAUGUGGCGACGCUGGAGGAUGAGCACAAGACACGGGAGAAACAAGUUGGAGAGGAGACGCGGGCAGUGGAGGAGAAAAGGAGGAAGGCGGAGGAGUCCGUGAGGCGGAUGGAGGCAGCUCGCAAGGAUGUGCAGGCAUCCAUGACAGAUGAAAAGGCCUCAAUCUCGGUCAGAUUCACCCGCGCGAGAGCAGCGUUGGAUGCGGAGGAGAAGGCGGCUUUAGAGCAAGCGGAGCAGACAGGGCGCGAGCUGCUGUCCCAGAUCGAGAAGAAGAUCGCUCACGACCAGCGCGAGAUCAACGAGCUCCAGGCAGCAGCCACUCGCCUGCAGGCCCUAGCGCAGGAGAGGGACUCGCUCGCGUUCCUGCAGGGGCACCUGGAGGAGACGUGCAGGGCAGGGAGGGUUACAGCAGCUCCACCCUCAGCCCCCAGCCAAGAGGACAUUGCCUCACUUAAAGUCCUGAAGAUAACUGCAGUCAAACUCCUGUACGGAUGCUCACCGACUCUGGACACAAACUCAGCUCAUGACCAACUCCAGAUCUCCUCGGAUCUCAGGACGAUGACGCGGACCCGUGCCUCUCAGGGUCGCCCCGAUCACCCACACCGGUUUGAUGGCUGUGCACAAGCCCUGUGCUGUGAGAGCUUCUCGUCGGGCCACCACUACUGGGAGGUGGACGUGUCGGACGCACAGCUGUGGUGGGUUGGAGUCGCGUACGGGACGAUCCCACGGAACGGGGGACGUGCUGCACAGCUGCUGGGAAAGAGUGACACGUCCUGGUGUUUAGAGAAAAGUUGCAACAACUUCACAGUGAUUCAUGGUGGAGUGAAGACUGCACUGUCGGUGAGGGGGGACCUCUCCCUCCGCAGAAUCGGGCUUCACCUGCACUGGGAGGGGGGGCUCCUGGCGUUUUACCGCGCCGACUCCAUGGAGGUGAUCCACGAGGUUCGGCAGAGAUUCUUGCAGCCUCUCUACCCUGCGAUGUGUGUGCAGUGUUAUAAUGAAGGAUUGGAGAUCGUGGAUCUGAGUCGUGCAUCCUGAGGUUGAGGAUAGAUAGAAACCCAAGAAACAGAGGGGAAGGUGGAACGGAGGGUGAGGUAAGGUGAGGAGAUUGGAGGGGAAGGUGUCGGGUGAGCGUGGAGGGUGAAGGGUGAGGAGAGGAUGUGAAGGAGGUAGAGAGAGAGGGUGAGGUUAUGGCAGGUUGAGGUGAAAAUUGAGGGAAGGGUGAGGUGAGCAUGGAAGGGUAGUGUGGGGCUCGGGUUGGCGUGCGUGAGCGAUGUCGCCUUUGCAGUAAAAAUCGUAGGUUCGUGUGGCUGCUCCUUCGCCUGCAGUGCGCACUCGCGUCACCAUGCCUCCUUAUCCCUGCGAUUCACCAUCAUCACCAUAACUAACAUCACCAUCAUCACCCCAUCAUCAUCACCACUGUCAUCACUACCACCAUCAUCGCCAUCAUCAUCAUUACCAACAGCAGCACCAACAUCAUUAUCACCAUCACCACCAUCACUAUCAACCACCAUCACCAUCAUCAUGAUAAUCAACCCCACCAAAACCAUCAUAAUCACCAUCACCAACAUCAUCGUCACGAUCACCAACAUCAUUACUAUCAUCAUCACCAUCACCCCAUCACUAUCAUUAGCAACAUCAUUAUCCCCACCAUCACCACUACCACGAACACCACCAUCACCACCAUCACCACCAUCAACCAACCAUCAACCACCACCAUUAUCACUAUCAACACCAUAAUAAUCAUCACUAUUUUCAAGUCUAUCACCAUCAUCAUAAUCAUUACUUAUCACCACUAUCAACAUCACCAACAUUAUGACCAUCAUCACCAUAACCAUCAUCACCACCAUCAACAUCAUCACCAUCAUCAUCACUAUCACUGCCAUACCACCGUCAAAAACUUCCAUCAUCAUCAUCACCUGCACUAUCAAGCUCAUCUCCAUCACGACUAACACCACUACUGUAGUGGGUUCAAACUGACUCGCAGACACACUAUUGGAGGCAACACAUUUAUUAACACCAACACACACCAACACAAGGGGUAACUGCCCCUUCACCAGAUAACAACCUAUGGUGGUGGACCACCAGGCUAACUACACUAAUUCGACUGGGAGUAGCUAUAAUGGAUGACCCUAGCUUGGGUCCAAUUCCACGUGUUGAUGACUCUUCUUGGACGUCAGAUGUAGAACGUAGAUUCUUCAGGAUGACAACAGCAGCCGGUCCCACUGAGGGACCCGGCUUCUAUGCUCCGUGGCGGGGCUCAAUCUGCCCCUAGCCACGCCCACGUUCUCCAAACCUCGAGAAGGAUCUCCACAUGGACACGUGAUCACACCAGCCCCCCCCCCCCUUUGGGGGUCUCUGGGUAGAUAUCUCCGGUCACGUGUCCUCCAGGGUCAACCAGAUUGCCAUGGCCCCUUGCAACCCAGUUCCGUGCCCGGCACUCUCACCCUCUAUCCUGUAGGGGCUGGCACUGCACGCAAAGCGUGGUGCUAUCUGUCACUGUGAGGCAGUGCUCACCGAGCCCGCUUAGGGCCGGUACUGCAUCCACAUUCAAGUGGUGUCAGCGAUGUCAAUACAUCGCGCGCCGUGCCUUUCCCAGGCUGGCUUCACACGGUGACAUCCAACGAUGUUACUACACUACUAUCAUCACCACCAUCGUCAUUACCACCACAAUGAUCACCACCAUUAUUAUCAUCAUCACUAUCAGCACCCACAUCACCAUCACCAUUCUUACCACCAAAUCACAAUGAUUACCAUCAUUACGAUGACCAACACCACAAAAACGGCCAUAAUCAUCAUCAUGAUCACAUCCACCAUCACGACCAUAAUCAUCACCAUUAUCAUCACGAUCAUCCUCACCGUGAAAACCACCGUGACCCUCAUCACGACCAUUACCACCAACACUGUCAUUAUCACCACCACCACCACCACUGUCAUCACCACCACCACCACGAUCACCACCAUCAUUAUCAUCAUCAUCAAUAUCAUCACCGCCCACAUGACCACCACGAUUAUCACUAUCACCAUUCUUACUAUAAUCAUCACAACCAUCACCACCAUCACUACCAUAAUUACUACCAUGAUCAACACCAGUACCAUUAUCACCAUUUCACCAUCAUUACCACCACUUUCACCAUCAUCAUGGUAACGUCUUUGUAACGCUUUUGUAGAUCCGGUUGUUAUUUUUGUUUAUUGUGUUUAACCGGGGCGAGAACUCAAGACACCAGGAUAGGAGUCUCAUUUGUAAGAGUUAGUGGCAUGUGGAGUGAGUGCUUGGGUGAGUGAGCAGAUGAGUAAGUAGAUAAGUGACAGAGAUGGUGGGUGACUGAAUGAUUGAGUGAGUGCCUGGUUGAUUGGGUGAGAUGGUGGGUGAGUGAGUGGGUGAGUAGACAGGGGAGAUGGUUGGUGAGUGAGUGAGUGCAUGGGUGAGUGGAUCGGUGGAGUGUUUGAGUUAGUGAGAGGGUCAGUGAUUGGGUAAAUUAUUGAGUGCGUGAGUGAGUAGAUUAGUGGGUGAACGAUUGAGUGCAUGGGUGAGUGAGAUGAUGGGUGAGUGAGCGGCUGAUUGGGUCAGUGGUUAAGUUAGUGAGCGAGAGGGUAGGUGAGUGUGUAAAUGAUUGAGUGAGUGAGUUCAAGUGUAUCGUCUGUAACCGGGUGUAGAACUCGAGAGACCGGGACCGGAAUCUCAUUUGCAAGAGUGACCUGGGGCUGGGGGGGAUCUCCAAAAUAACAAAAACGACAACGUGAGCACAGGCAACAAUGACGAAGCGAAUAUAAAUUAACAUAAAAAAACAACAACCACCAACGUGUUACGGACGGAACCGGAAAAAAACAGCGCCCCGAACAAACUCCCAAUAAUGCAAGGGUGGAGACAGCGCCGGUAAACCCAACUCACAGUCGUGUCCACGUGUUGGGGGGCGAUCUCGUCUACCCAGGACCACCCGUCGCGGCGUCCAACGCGACGUAACGACGACUCCCACAGACAACACCAACAGCCCACUCCUCCCCUCCCCCGGUUAACCACCCCACCACAGUUCCUGGGUUUGUCGUCAUGGAAGCGGACAGGUAGCUGCUGCAAGCUGGGCAAGGCGUAAUGUGUUCAAAGCGGCUAACCCGCCGGAUUUUCCGGGCAGCUGCAUUCUGCACUAACUGGAGCGUCUGCACGAAUCCAAGUGGAAGCUCUGCAUAGAUAACACUAUGUAACACAAUUUUUGUUCCUGGGUAGUAAGUGUUAUUUCCUAAUUGAUCAUGCCUAAAAAGUAAAGAAACUGGCUAUUAUUCUCUAUAACCUUUGCUUUUGUGACCAGGACAUUGAUAUUUUGAAAUUUACCUAUUUUCAGUGAGAAAACGGGUGAAUAUGUCUUUUCGUUCACAUAGUCAGAAAAAAAACAUAUGAAUGAAAAUUAACAUGUAUUUAUACUAAAGUAAAACAAAAAUUAUUACAAAAGAAUAAUAAGUGAGUAGUUUUGGAGAUUUACAAUUAUACUGUAAAUCACUUUCACGAAUCAGCCCCCAAAUAUAGUCUCCCAUCAUGUUCUUGUUAUACUGUCCUUUGUAGCGGCAUUCUGCAUCAUAAUCCAGGCGUGUUGAGACAAAGGCAUGAACUAAUGAUUACAAGGCUGGGGCAGAGAGGAGCGGGCACCGCCCUCGGAGUGUUUGUAGGUGGUAGAUAUCUGCUCUGAACGUAGCUAUGAGCUGUGAGCGCACGGUCAAGCUCUGAUCGAACAGCACACCUUUGGACACACGGAGAGGGUGAGCGCUGCUAAUCAGUGGAGGACCGAAAUGGCCUUGCCACGCUCUCAGACGCUGUGUGGGGGCUCAUGCCCCCCUCCUCCUCUCCCCCUUGGACCUCCUCUCCUUCGCGCCGGGCUGCCGCGCUAUCGAGUCAUCGGCCUCCCCGCACCAGCGUCCUCCCUGUGGGACAUGGCUCGUGGCUGGCUCUCUGUCGCCUCGCCGCGUUAUCCUGCCUCCCUCCCCUGCGUAAAUCUACUCCCCUCCACCUCGGCUGCAAGAGCGUGGGUCCACGCGCCAGCGCAAGUCCCGGGCACACGAGUGAAUCGAUGGCAAUAUUCGCGAGUUGCACCAUGGAGCGUUAUACUCGCUUUGCGGACGCGUUGCGUGAAGUGCGCCGUGUAAACACGCACGCGAGCGCAAGCACCCGGCCUAACGGCGAUCUAUUGAUGAUGAUAUUCGCGCGCUAAUUCCCCGUUCAAUCACAGUCGAUGGCCAUAUAUGCGCGCUAAUCCCCUGCGCAAAAUGCUCUAGGUAAAUACGCUCGCGAUCACACGCACGCGAACGUCAACGAUCGUUUUAGUACUGAUUACCUGCGCGCUUCACACGUAUGCACAUACCCACACCACACCUACGCUCUGUACACACACACAGAAAUCACGCGGCGUCAUCACUCUGCGCUAAAGUUGAUUAAUGUGGUACCUGAAGAAAAGCCCUGUGUGGCCCGGAGCAAAACCAUCUAGCGAGCAGCGUCCCACCUAGUUGUAUCCAAACCCUCCUCACCUAUCUAUAACCAACCCUCUUGGAGCCCUCGCGCUAUCCCUCACCCCUCUCACGUACUCACGGUUUCUCACGGACCUGCUGGGAGUCGGAGGGACGAGGGUCCGGGAGGUCUCUGCCUGGGUCGAGUCGUUGCUGUUCUUGCGCGUUGCCGUUUCUUUGCCUUUUUAGCUCUAGCCCGCUCGCUAGGUGUUUUUGGCUCUCCCCACGGCCCUAUUCCCCUGCGUUCAGUGUGUGCUCAUCGCGGUUGCUCAGUGAGCUCGACGUGGCCAUACAAUUUUAAGUUAAUCCACGGGGCCGCAAUGCAAUUCGGCCUGGGGGUCGGCCAAUCUCCUGACACUGGGAAACCGUGGGACAUCCCCACGAGGGGGCCCUCGGGUGAAAACACAGGGUGCCAGGUUACCCCCCCACGAGGCCCUACGUGGGGGCACGUGUGUGUGUUCGGUUGGGGGGUUGCGAGGGGAUAGCAGCUCCGGCAGAGUUUCUCCGUUGCCGCGGCACCACAGAUGCUCUGAGCCAACUAUCAUGUACUCUGUCUUGCCCAGGUUAAGCUGCAUACGGUUUUGCUCCGUUCAAACAGCGACUUCAGACAAGCAUUCUGAAAUAACAGAUAUAGCGGCGUCUGGAUAUGACGUACGUUAAAAACGUAUUCAUUUAGAACUGAUUUUUUUGUUUGGUUUGUUGUCCUCACCCCGCAUCUCCGAUUAUCACGGUUGGAUAUGUACGGUGCGAAAGAAGUUCAACAUACAUAUAAUCUGAAUCAGCAUCUUUAUUUAUAGUGUAGGAAUCCAAUGAGUUAUGAAGCACUUUUUCAAAGAUUUACAGUAGCGGCCGGUCAGAAAGUUACAAUAACAAACAGUACAAACAACUGAUCAGGGUGUAAAAUAUAGGAAAGGUGUGCAAAUGAUUGAAACUAGAUAAAUACUAAUUAAACAAAGUAUUUAACUACUAUUUGCAAUCGUGUAUUACUUUAUACCGAUCUUUUCAACACUAAAUGCAAGCGUGGCCAAGGCAGCAACACAACAACAGUUCCACAUCACACCAAGACAACACGGCAGUCCCUGGAUACAACUGCACAUGAAUAUUGAACUAUCGAUACGUGGGUAUGGAUCAACGUUUCAAUCACAUUCGCAAAUGAGGUUGUGUACAGCAUGAUUCUUCUGCUUCAGUACAUUUAUUGAAGUAAGAUGUAUGAUGUUAAGGGAGGAAACAAGCUUGUUCCAAAACGUUGGUGCUGCAACGGCAAAGGCUUUGUCACCCAUUACAAUUCUCGCUGUUGGGAUAGUUCACAGGCAAUUAUGUGUUCGUCUUAGGUUUCUUUGGCUUGAUAGUAGGCUUCAUGACUUAGCUAAUUAAAGCACAGAUUUGCCAAUAAGGGUUUCAUGGAUGAACAGUUCCCAAUGUAUAUUUCGUUUUGCAUCAAGUGAUGUGAGAUUGUUUUUAAAGUCGAAGUCACAUUAGUGGGUGCUGUAUGGUCGAUCCAAUACAAAUGGAAUAUCAGAAUGAUAAAUGGGGUUUAGUCUGUUAAGUGUUAGAUUAUUAGCUUAUUUGUACGCAGCGUCACAGUAGCCACCAAACUUUGUAGAACACCCUUUGUUCUUAUAAUAUUUGUGGACGAGAUUUUAUGACAAUGUACUGUUUUGAUAAAGGUCUGAGAUGUAUCUCUGAAACCAUUUUAUCGUACUGUCUGACAAUUCUAGUUAACUGCGUCUUGUGAGUAUAAUAUCAUGGUCAAGAGUUUCAAAGGGCUUUAGACGAGGCAAGGAAUAGUCCACAGCAGUAGCGGCCUACAUGCAGGUUACUGAAAAACAUUUAAAAUCAUCCAUAAUAGCUGUGGUGGCGCAGUAAUCAUCAUGGAAAGCAGACUGUUUACUGUGCGCGAGAUUGUGAGUGAUAGGUAUCCGUCUAUUCGUGAUUAAAGUAAAAAAAUGUUUAAUAACUGUUGAAAGAAUAGAGAUUGGUCUAUAAUCAUUCAUACAACGUCCGCCAUAACUAAACUGCCCACAUUCAGUGAAGCAGUAGCUGUGCUGAGUGCAACGGUCACAUUCUAAAGGUGUUCAUAAACCUUUACCUUAUGGCAUGCAGUCCCGUAUUCUUUGUCUAGCAAACAGCCUAUUAUCUCCGAAGUAUAAUAAAGCAUUUCCCCACUUUUCAAAGAUUGCACGUUAUUGGUGCCGAGUAACCUAUUUUUGCGUAAAAAAUGCACUGGCUGUUUCUUAAAAAGUUUAAAUAACAUCCGACUUUUCACAUAUCCAACAAUGAUUCAGACCCUAGUGAGUCCGACACGUGACGGUAUACCACAAACAUUUCAAUAAAAAUCCUCAU